AUGCUGGCCCCGGGCAGCGGCCCCGAGCUGAGGACCUGGUUUGCCCCGCUGUGGAGGCAGAUCUCUUGGCUCACCUGCUGGAUUGCCCUGUGCACGGCGGAGGCCCUCCCCGCCUGCCCCUUGCCCUGCACGUGUGACGGCCACGGCCUGCAGGUGGACUGCAGCGGCCGGGGCCUCACCGCGCUGCCCCCGGACCUGCCGGCCACCACCCGCACCCUCCUGCUCCUGAACAACAGGCUCAGCUUCCUGCCCGGCGGGGCCUUCGCCAGCCUGUCGGGCCUGCAGCGGCUGGACCUCUCCAACAACUUCCUGGACGGGCUGCCGCGCACCGCCUUCGGGGAGCUGGCCAACCUGACGGAGCUGCAGCUGCGCAAUAACAGCCUCCGCGCCCUGGACCCCGAGCUGCUGCGGCCCCUGCCGCGCCUGCGCCACCUCGACCUGUCCCUCAACGGCCUGGCCCGGCUCCCGCCCGGCCUCUUCGACGGGCUCCCCGCCCUGCGCUCCCUGUUCCUGCGCGCCAACCGCCUGCAGAGCCUGGACCGGCGGACCUUCGAGCCCCUGGCCGGCCUGCAGCUGCUGCAGGUGGGGGACAACCCCUGGGAGUGCGACUGCCACCUGCGGGACUUCAAGCACUGGCUAGAGUGGUUCUCCUACCGAGGGGGGCGCCUGGAUCAGCUGACCUGCACCCUGCCCAAGGAGCUCAGGGGGAAGGACAUGCGCGCGGUCCCCAUGGAGAUGUUCAACUACUGCUCCCAGCUGGACGGCCACAAGAGCUCAGCCGGGCUGGAGGUCCCCGGGCCGCCCUGCACCAAGGCCAGCCCGGAGCCUCCCAAGCCCAAGCCGGGCCCUGAGCCCGAGCCUGAGCCCAGCACCGCCUGCCCCCAGAAGCAGAGGCCGCGGCCCGUGAGCGUGCGGCGGGCCAUCGGCACCGUGAUCAUCGCGGGGGUGGUCUGUGGUGUGGUCUGCAUCAUGAUGGUGGUGGCCGCUGCCUACGGCUGCAUCUACGCCUCCCUCAUGGCCAAGUACCAUCGGGAGCUCAAGAAGCGCCAGCCCCUGAUGGGUGACCCGGAGGGCGAGCACGAGGACCGGAAGCAGAUCUCCUCUGUGGCCUGAGAGCCCGGGGAGGGGCCGGGGGAGCACGCCAGCCCUGCCUCUCCCGCCCCCUUUCCACCUUCCUCCCAGCCUGCCAGCAAACGGGCCCGUGUCUCCACGGACUCCGGAGCGUCCGGAAGAUACCAGUAUGCUG